AUGAUCAGUGUUAUUGAAGAGGUUCAACUCAACUGGAAGGCAAAUAUUGUUGCUGUUACAUCAGAUGCAUCAGGCGAGUCUUGGGCAGCUCGAAAACAGCUUGUCAAGGAAUUUCAAUCAUUAGUAUCUGCAGAUUGCUAUGCUCACCAGAUAAAUCUUAUUGUUGGUGACUAUUUCAAGUCAUCUGGUGGCACGGUUUACCUGGGAUACUCAAAGAAAGCAUCUGACCUCAUUUCUUGGCUUCGAAGCAAGACACUUGUUCUAGCAACACUAAGAGAUAUCCAAGUUGCCCUCAAUUCAACUAACUCAUCCCAUCCUAAUUGUGUCCUCACUGUAAUCCGUGCAGUUUUGACCAGAUGGACUGCUCAUUAUCUUGCCUUCAGACCACUUCUUGAUCUUAAAUUUGCACUCGACAUUCUCGUCAGGCAGGAGAAAAGUCUCGAACAGGAUUCAAAAAUAGUUACGGGUGAUGCUGCCUCACGAAAAAAGGCAAGGGAGAUGCUGGGAUUGAUUGAAGACCCAGUGAUGUGGAUGACCCUGGCUCAGAUGGUCAGUCACCUGCAGCCCUUAUCAUUGGUAAUCAACAUUGCUCAGGCCGCACACUGUCAUCUCAAUGAAGUUUUGAUCAUUUUCGGCUUUCUAAUAUCAAGAUAUACUGUGCUACAAGGGAAGGCUUCAUCAGUCGGAGAAAAUUCGAUGAUUCAGGCUAUCAUUGAUUCUCUCGAAAAGUGUUGGAGCAAAUGUGAUCAAGAUGUAUUUCUAGCUGUAGUUGUUUUGAACCCUCUUUACAGGAUCAAGCCCUUUGCUCGCCUUCGCAAAUUUACCAAUGCAGGACUCAUGACAUUAUUUGUCAAGUUAUGGGAGUAUCUAGAAGGACAUGGGGACUAUGGCGAAGAAUUUAUAAAUUGGGUGGACUUGGUUCGAAGUGCGGCUGAGCGAAAAUGUCCCGACCCUCUCAAGAUGUACGACGGUAUACAUUUUCAAGAUGUUGAGCCAACACCAUUGCAGAAAUUCGCUCAGCGAAUUUUUUCGAUCUGCGCAAAUUCGGCCUUUUGUGAACGUCUUUUUAGUCUUUUUGGCACAGUACUCACAAAACUUCGUUCACGUCUCGGUCUUAAAGGCCUCACAGACUUGGCAGAAUUGUGCUUGCAUUUGCGAGAUGAGUAUAUGCAGAUGGGGGAUAAAAAGGGCCGUCUGCGUCGCAUAAGGAAAAUCAUCCCCGACCCACUACCCCCACCAGCCAUUGUGACUAUAACUCCUGCAGACUUGGACUCUGUUCCUGAUGAUCUAUCAUCAGAGUCUGAGCAGCCAGAAACACAGGAUGGAGACACCACUGAUGAUGACCACUCACUUGGGCACAUUGCAUCCAUUCUCGCACAGUGCUCGUUGGAAGAUGAGGACCCCAUAGACGUGGGGUUUGCAUUCAUGAUAUCCCCCUUCAACAACUUUUCAACUUCGAAGACGAGAGCUGGGUAA